UCGACGAACCAAUCACCGAGCAGGAGAUAGGUGAAGCACUGACUCAAAUGCCUGCAGGAAAAGCCCCAGGACCAGACGAAAUGCCGGUGGAGCACAUCAAGGUCUGUCUAGAUGUACUCCUGCCGCAUCUCCUGGAAGGUUUCAAUGACGUAAGGCAGGGAGCCAAACCCCUUCCGGAGGAGUUUGGCCUGGCCACGAUUAUUCUGGUGCAUAAAAAGGGCCCUCCCAAGGAGAUCCGGAAUUGGUGGCCUAUCUCCCUGCUAUCUGCUGCGUACAAGCUGAUGGCGAAGAUCCUGGCAAACCGCCUAGCCUGCAAAAUCCCCCAGAUUGUCGACCCUACACAAACUGGUUUCAUUCCGGGGCGGUGGAUCCUGACCAACAUCUUGUUGGCACGACAGAUAGUAUGGCAAGCCCCGCGACACGACCCGCCUUUGGCAUUCGUCCUCUUGGAUUUCGAGAAGGCUUAUGACAGAGUCUCUUGGCCAUUCUUACUAGAAGGCCUGAGACGACAGGGAUUUGGUUCGACAUUCCUUUCCAUGGUGAAGUGUCUCCUGGGCUCGGCGGCGUCUCGGCUCCUCAUCAAUGGCUAUUUGUCCGACCCGAUUGCUGUCACGCGCUCGGUGUGCCAAGGCUGCCUAUUGUCCCCGGCACUGUAUGCGCUCUAUAUUGAACACUUGCAUGAUAUGAUUAGAGCGGAUGAUGAACUGGAGGGGCUGAAACUCCCGGGAGGCAGACAACUCAAGUCCUCGGCAUUUGCCGACGACACCGGCGCAGUCACUGCCAUCACAUCCGCCAGUGUCGGCGCACUGCAAAACCAGGUACAGGCGCUCCAGCUGCGAACGAUCAUCUGGCUCCUCUUAGAGCAGGACUGCGCUCCCUGGAAGACCCUUACGCUGCAGACCAUGGCGGAGGCAGUGCGAUUGCAUCCUGCAGACAUGGAGUUAGCUUUACUCCAAUCGGCCAUUCUCACGGAACUCAAAAGAGGUGCUCUCUGGUCCCGGUUCCUGAAGGCGUGGCCGGACCUGGCACCAUUUCAGCUUAAACCGUCGGAGUCGAUAGACCAGAUUCUUCAGCAGCCCUUGUUCGGCAACAGGUGGAUCCCGGACAAUAACGGGGAGCCUUCCCCAUGGACGGGCCCCAAGGGCGCCUUCGGUAAAGCCUGGCUCAAAGCUGGGCUGGCAAGAGUAGCAGACCUCUGGGACUUACAGACCAAGGACUGGCAGCAGGAGACAACGCUCCUCAAGCACCUCGAGGGCCAAAAGCACUGGAAGGAACGGCUCUGCAGCAUCAAGAAGGCGAUUCUGGAGGCAUGGGUGGACACUCUUCGAACGAUGCAGAGAUUUGACAGGGAUUGGGUGACACUUAGUUCGGAAGGUCCGGUCCGCCUGCUAUUUCAGAUCACGGCGCAAGUUGGCAGUACCUGGCUGAUGGUUGAAGCCUAGGAGAAUCCUCCCUCUGACUCCGCCCUUGGGCAACCUUUGGUCUGUGCCCCGACCAG